UCACUUGGCUCUUGCAAGGAGCUGAAUUCUGUGCUGAGUUCCUCUUGCUACCAUUGGGGUCUUGUGGUGUAGUUCUAGGAGUGCAAUGAUUGUUGGCGCAGGGAGAUAUCAAAAUGAACUUUAGCAAACUCAUUAUGGAGUUUUGGUACAAAGGCAGGAAGCAUGUACUUAGAGGAGCAGGCAAGCAAAUCUCAUCUGCUGGAGCUGGUAAACUAGAAAGAUUUCAGGAAUUUUCAAGUUAUGCAAGAAUUAGGCUCCAUUCAGAUACUUGAUUUCUUAAGUGAGACAGUUGCAACUUUUGAAGAUAAGCAAUGAAGAGUAAAUCGUUAUCAAGAAAUGGAAAUUAUGUUGAAAGGGGAAUUGGGGAGGAUGCUGCAUUGAAUAAAUCAAACGUGAAGGUUGAUUUUGGCAAUUUGAUAUGGGUCCAGCUCAAUGGUCAAUCGUGGCUUGGUCAGCUUGUUGAUGAGAUGGUUGUAGGUGGGAACAAAAAGCCCACAAAAAAGGUAGCUGGUGAAGUCCUUGUUCGGUUGUACGGGAGCUACACAUAUUUGUAUGUGGAUCCGAUUAAAUCUCAAUUGGAAUAUGAGAAGAUAAUUGAGAGAUACCAUGGCAGUCUUGUUAACAUACUAGGUGAAGCUCUAAAGCAGGAUCUUCUUCAUCUCAAAUCUGGUGCAAUGAAGACGGAAGACAUACAAUCUAAGGCAGAAACACUCAGCACGGGUGCAUCUCAAGGCAAAGGAAACAAGAAAAGUCAGGACAUGACACCGUCAACUUCUGUAAUAGCUUUAGCAGGGGAAUAUGCACCUAGCGGACGUCGGGUGAAGGUAAUGCAAGCGCUUGGUUUGAUGGCUCCUCCUGGAUCACCAUUUCAUCCAAAGUGAUGCGCCUGUAGUCCAUCUGCUGAUAAUGCUAUGAAAUAAAACUCUCACGAGGCAUAGUAUUGCUGGUACUAACAGCUAGAUAUAAUAUUAAAUGUUCCAGGAAAGUUUUCGUCCAAAAGUAAUGUGUCUCAAUGAUCAGUUGUCUGUAGUCUACUUGUUGAUGAUGCUUGAAGUAAAUAUGUACGACUGAUUUGUCAAUCACAAUUAUGUUUGGGAUUGAGAUAGUGAUUAUUGUUGAUGCUAACAUCUGGAAUAUGACAUAUACAGUAUUCUGAGAUAGUUUUAAUCUCAAGUGACAUUCUGGUGA